AUGAUCUGGAGACCAGAAGAUUAUGGUAAUAUUACAAAGUUAUCGGUGCCGACUACAGAAGUUUGGAUUCCAGAUAUUGCUUUGUAUAACAGAAUGACAAUCUGUCCUGAAUGGUAUGGUGUUGGUGAAGCUGUUAUUAACUGUGGAUUUUGUGGUGCAUAUGUUUGUGAAGAAUGUUAUAUGCGUCAUUUAGCUAUGUGUGGUCCAGACGAUGAAAAACAGAAAGUAGAUGAAACAACAAAAGCUAGUUAA